UUUUCCGCGAGAUAAAAUAUAUUAUUUUAAAAACAUGGCUGAUUCAGAAGAAGAAUUUGAACGAAGACGAAGAGAUAAAUUUCGUAGAGAAAGAAAUGAUUAUCAGGAUAGAAGAGAACCCAGAAAUCGAGGAGAAGAAUGGGAAGAAAGGCCUCGUGAAAAUUGGAGAGGUGGAAGAAUAAGGAAGGAAUCAAAUAGAGGUGAUUAUGAAAGAAGAAAACGUUAUGGCGAUAGAGAAUAUUCGCCUCAUGGUCCAGCACAAAUGAAAAGAGUUCGAAGAGACUGGGAUGAUACAUAUUAUCCAAACACUGGACCUAAUAUUAAUUACCAUCACCCUGGUAAUCAUCCACCUUAUUCUAAUUGGCAUGAUUAUCAGUUGCCCCCAACACUUCCUCCCAUGCCUAUUCCCACAGCUAUGGUCCACAGGGAAGCAAAUGAAAGUGGAGCAUCUUUAUUAAAUUUUAAGCAAUUUUUAUUACAACAGGAAGAUACAAUUGAUGUUGAAGAAGCUGUUAAAAAAUAUAAAGAAUAUAAAAUUGAAUUUCAAAAACAUGCUAUUAAUGAAUUUUUUAAUGCACACAAAUUAGAAGAGUGGUUUAAAAAUAAAUAUCACCCUGAAGAUAAAAUAAAUGUUAAGCAAGACAAAGAAGAAAAAGUGAAAAAUAGACUUAAAAUUUUUAUGGAAUUUUAUGAAAAUGGAUGGGUUGAUAAGAUAUCUUUAAAUCAAAGUCAACUAAAAGAAAUAAUUAAAUUUAUGGAUGCAGUAAUCAUAAAACUAGAAGGAGGAACAGAUUCAGAUCUUAAAUAUCUUGAGGAAGAAUAUGCAUCAGCCAUUGUGUUACCAGAGGAAAUCAAUAUUUUAGAUCAUAAUUUGAAUUCUAAACAACUUGCAAACAAUUCAACAAAUAAUCAUAUAUCUAAUUUAACUAUAAAUGGGUGUAAUGAUAUUGGGGAUGAUGAUAUGGAAGAUAUUGACAGGCUAGAUUUUGAAAUUGAAGGCGAGCAGCAACCACUAGGUGAAGGGGUGGUGGUUAAGACUGGGAAUGAUAAAAGAAAUGAUGUUACAAGCAAAAAUGAUAUGGAUAAGGAAAAGGUACAUGGAAAGGGUACUAAAUCUCACAAAAAUAAGACAAAGAAAUCCUGCUGCUCCUCUAUCUCUAGAAGUUCUUCAUGCUGUUCUGGAUCCUCUAGGUCUUCCAGAAGUGGAUCAUCUUCAGGCUCUUCCUCCCGGUCAGGAUCUAGCUCUUCCAGUGGCCAUUCAAGUGCCAAUUCCAAAAAAAAACUUAGCGAAAAAGCCAUAGCUACUGAAGGCGUUAAUAAAAGUCCCAUCGAAGAAGGCGAAGCUAAGGAUGAUGACGAAGAUAAAAAAAUUAUGGUCCCUAACAUUACAGAUGAAUCUUCGCCUAAGCCAUUUCACAAAACGACUUCCAUAUUUUUGAGAAAUUUACCACCCAACAUUACCAAGACUGAAAUCGAAAAUCUUUGCAAAAGUUACAACGGUUAUUUGAGAGUAGCAUUAGCAGACCCGUUACCAGAAAGAAAAUUUUACAGGCGAGGUUGGGUUACCUUCAAUAAUAAGGAUGCUAAUGUUAAAGAAAUUUGUUCAACACUUGCUACUAUUAAAAUCAGAGACUGUGAAAUGGGUCCUAUUGUUAAUCGUGAUAUAACAAGGAGGGUUAGAUUAGUUAAUGGAAUAGUAGUUCAUAAGCCUUUAGCUAAGAGUGACGUUAGGCUAUCUCUUAAAAUAGUUGUAUCACUCGAUAAAAAAUACAAUUUAUGGAACAACGAAGAAACAACAAAUAAGGAGACUUCUUUGGAGAAGGAACCUCAAAAUGACCUAAAUAUUGCAAAUAGCAUCAGCUCGGACCCAUUUGAAAUUGAUGAAGAGCUGGCCGAUAUAAUGAAUAUGAUGGACAAGUCCUUAUUGGAACAACCUGAAGUUUUGAAAAAGAUUAUUAUGAAAGUAAAAAAUCCUAUCAUCAAAAGUAUAGUGGAAGAGCUUAUGAAAAUUUCGCUAGUGCCAGUUGACGAAAUACCAUUGGUUGACGAUAAAAAUGAAAUAAACGAUGAUUCUGUCAUUAAGACCCUCCCAAUCAAUGAUGUGAUCAGAUCUGUAGAUCACAAAGAUGCUACACCUAACAAUGAUUUUGAUCAAGAUCAUACUGAAUGCGAUAAAAAUAAAGAAACUCUUGAAUGCGAUAAAAAUAAGGAAGAUAAAACUGGCAAAGACAAUGAAAUUGAAACCAAUGUCAAUAGUGUAGAAAAGAUUGUUACAUUAGUAGAAAAAGACGAAAAUAUAAAUAAGUUAUUAGACAAACUCAUCUUAUACCUCAGGGUGGUUCACUCUUUAGACUAUUACAGUGUAAGUGAAUACCCAAAUGAAGAUGAUAUGCCUAACAAAUGUGGUAUCAUACAUUGCAGAGGGUCUUUGAGCCAAACAAAAAUUUUAUCCAAAGAUAUUCAAGACUGGCUGAAGAAUUUCGAAAAUAAAAUUCAAACGUUUCUUUCCUCUAAUAAUCACGUGACUAAAGAAGAGGCUAGUCUACUUGGAUUCAAAGAUUAUGAAACUGAGGUGGAAAAAUUUGUCCAAGAGAACACACAAGAAUUAUCUAAAGAUAAAUGGUUGUGUCCUUUGAGUGGCAAAAAGUUUAAGGGUCCGGAUUUUGUGAGAAAACACAUAUUCAAUAAGCACCACGAUAAAGUCGAACAAGUUAAAAAAGAGGUUGACUUUUUUAACAAUUAUCUAUUGGAUCCUAAAAGACCUCACAACAUCGAUAUCCUGGGUUAUGUAUCGAGCUCCAAUGCAAUCAUAGCUAAUAAUUCUGCCAACUCUACAACUAAUAAUGUUAAUGCUAAAUUGCCUACCAAACCUUUCAAUAAUUUUCAUCCUUACCCUCCCAAUCAACCCCACAUAUAUCAGGAUUAUCCUGGAAAAAACUACUAUUACCCACCACCUCCAUAUUCUGCAAGACCAGGUAUCGAUUCAUUCGAAAGGAAUCAAUUCAUGAAGAGAAAGGGUCCUGGAAUGCAACGAGAAAUUAUACAAUAUCGCGAUUUGGAUGCCCCAGAAGAUAAUGAAACCUUAUAUUAAUCUCAUUGAAUACUUUUUUAUACCAAUUUUUUAAUUAUACAAUUUAUACUAAUCUAUACCCUAUCAACACAAUAAUAUAUGUAAGAUUGUAAGAUUUAACUUUUUACCUAAAACAAUAAAUAUUGUUGCGAUUGAUUAAAAUAUCAAAUAUAGCUAAAUCCAUAUGCCAUCACCUAUAACCCCACUAAUUUCGAAGUGCCACCAAGCUUACCACUGUUUUUGCAUACUAUACAUUGCGUCAUAAUUUUUUAAAAUAUAUUCAUAAAGUUAAGAUUAAAAAUGGUGCGAGACAUUUAA